GGAGGUGCCUUUGGGGAGGGAGGUGACCUCUCAGCCUCCUGCGCCGGCAUGGCGGGGCCGCGGGGGGCCCGGCCCGCGAGGAGUGGCCCCGGCUGCUGCUGGGCUCUGCCCACCGGGCUGCUGUGUGCCUACGGCUUCUUUUGCAGCGUGCGGCCCUCGGAACCCUUUCUCACCCGGUACCUGCUGGGGCCGCACAAAAACCUCUCCGAGACGCAGGUGUUCAACGAGAUCUACCCGGUGUGGACGUACUGCUACCUGGCGCUGCUGUUCCCCGUGUUCCUGGCCACGGACUACCUGCGCUACAAGCCCGUGGUGUUGCUGCAGGGCCUCAGCCUCAUCAUUACCUGGUUCUUGCUGCUCUACGCCCAAGGGCUGCGUGCCUUCCAGCUCCUCGAGUUCUUCUACGGGAUGGGCACCGCCACAGACAUUGCCUACUACUCCUAUAUCUACAGCGUGGUGGAUGUGGACCUGUACCGCAAGGUCACCAGCUACUGCCGCAGUGCCACGCUGGUGGGCUACACGGUGGGCUCCGUGUGCGGGCAGCUCCUCGUGUCCCUGGCAGGGUGGUCCCUCUUCAGCCUCAACGUCAUCUCCUUAACCUCCGUCUCUGUUGCCUUUGGCACGGCGUGGUUCCUGCCCAUGCCGCGGAAAAGCCUUUUCUUCCACCAUGCUGCCGCUCAGCCCUUCAGCUUGGAGAUGAAGGUCAUGGACUGUAAGAAUGGGGCCAUCGUGCAGGACCAGCCCGGCGUGCCAAGGGUGCCUGGAUGGGAGGAUGAGGUCAAAAUGCCCUUAAACAGGGAGGGGCAUCCAGCAGAGAAAAAGGAGCAGAAAGUAGAUGCCUUAAAAGUGCUCAAGGAUCUCUGGCGGGACUUCCUGCAGUGCUAUUCCUCUCGGACCAUGCUGUGCUGGUCAGUCUGGUGGGCACUUUCUACCUGUGGCUACUUCCAGGUCAUCAACUAUGCUCAGGGCCUGUGGGAGAUGGUGCUGCCUUCUCACAGCACAGAGAUUUACAAUGGUGGUGUGGAGGCGGCCUCAACACUGUUAGGAGCUGUUGCGGUAUUUGUUGUGGGUCAUAUAAAAACAUCCUGGGCCAUGUGGGGUGAAGUGGCACUUGCCCUGUUCUCCUUUCUUAUUGCUGCUGCUGUAUAUAUUAUGGACACUGUUCACAACAUCUGGGUGUGCUAUGCAUCUUAUGUUGUCUUCAGAAUUAUUUACAUGCUGCUAAUCACAAUAGCAACGUUUCAGAUUGCUACAAAUCUCAGUGUGGAGCGGUACGCUCUGGUGUUUGGGGUCAACACAUUCAUUGCCUUAGCACUUCAGACUUUACUCACGUUGAUUGUUGUGGAUGCCAGUGGGCUUGGGUUGGACAUCUUCACCCAGUUCAUGAUUUAUGCAUCUUAUUUUGCGGCUAUCUCCCUGGUGUUCUUGGGCAGUGGCUUAUACAGUAUUAUGAGAGCCCACAGAAGACAGGUGCAAAACAGGUCUCCUGAAAGCUGUUAGCACGCUACAUGAAGGCUCUGUGACUACAUAUGAAGACAGAGGUCUGUUUUUAAUCUGCCUUUUCUUCCCAAGGCAGUCAUCUUGAUGGUACUUGAUCCAUAUUUAUACUAUAUUAGUAGUACACUUCAGAAGGUAAAUGUAUUAGGUCUUACAUAAGUAAGAACAAAUAUCUUCUUUCUAAAAUGCCUUUUGUUCUUCUGUUGCAUGUUUGGGAUGUGCAAGGAAGAACAGAUUUCAAAAAAAUGAAAGCCUUGGGAGGUUUUAGUCUAAGGCUGUGCAUCUGGAGGCUGCCGUUGAAAAGGCAGCUUUAGGAUUGCCUGGUCAGCCACUACUCUUUUUGUUGUUAAGAUGCUGCUGCAUGAAGGGUGUGUUCAUAGACCUCUUUCUGCAGAGACCUGGGCCCAGGAGAGGUGGUGGCCUUAGGCCUGUGCUCUGCAGCGUGGUUCUCACCGUGCCUGCCCUGUGAUGCUGGAUGUUCUGUUUUGAGGACUCUCGCACUUCAGUUUCUGCAUACGCACAUGCUUCCUUCAGUUGCUUGUACCGUUUCUGCUGGUUGUCUACUAUCUCUGCUGUCAGAUCUUUACUAUAGCUGAUAGUGAGUGUUACCUCUCCAAAAGCCUAACUGUGUCCUGGGGCAACUUGUGACAGCACUGAAUUGCUCUCAGCAAUGCUACUUCUGGGGUGAAGGCCCGUGCCCAAGAGAAUGUAAAGCUGUAGGGGAACCCUAGAGGGAUCCAUUUUCAAGUGGACUAGAUGCUAGUCUGCAGAACCACUCGAUGUCCUUGCCUUUGUCCUCUAGGGCUGCAGAUUCUUGCAGUUGUAGUAGUCACUGAUCCAUAACCCUGAUGGCUGGGCUAUCUCAGUGGAAUGGUGGAUGUGAGUGCAUCAUUGGAGGAGGAAGGUGACUUGCAAGAUUUUAGGCUGUUCUUUGUAACCUCAGAAUUGUGACUGCAGUUACUGUAUUUACUUCAGUUACUGUAUUUAACAGAAUGAACACCUGAGGUUUUGAAAAAUACUGAUGACUGCUCUGUCACUCCUUCCCAUUUUAAAGCGCCUUUGUUUCUGGUGGAUCUGCACCCACUAGUUCUGCCUCAUCUUUCCACUUAAGCUAAAAGAAAAGAAUAUUUGUAGGAGAAAUAGGUUUUUAUUUUCUUUUGUCUGGUCUGGGCAAUUUGGGUCUUGCCUCAUACCUGGUUUUUAAAGUAAUUUAUUUGUUCCAAAUUGCUUCAGCACCAGUGAGGAGUUGCACAGAGCUGUCCUAGACUUGGGCACCUGGGUACUCAGGCACCAUGACCAGCACAGCACCGUGGGCAUGUCCUGUAAGUUGUCCCUGUUGCUGUGCAGGUUGUGGUUUUAAGCAUAUGGGAGAACUGGCAAGGGAGAACAUCUUGUACAGUCUGCUUCUUUUCCGUGCCUACUCCUUGUGCAGCUGGAAUUAUUCCAGUCAACAUGAAGAGGCAGCUUCAUUUUAUUGCUUGGUCUGUCGUGCUAUGGAGAACUCACAGCCUUCCUCUCCUGUAACACUUCCAGCCAUUCUCGUCAUUUGUGUGAGCCUCAGUCUUAACCACACAAAGUGAAUGACUAACAUGUUUGAGAUAUGCUCUCUGGGGUCUGUGCAGCUCUUCCAGGCUGGCUGUGCAAGGAGAUGCACUCUCCAGAGCUUCAUAGAACCAGCAGCCUACCUCCUGAAGCAUCUUCAGGGCUCAACUGUAGUGGCACUGACACAUAAAUUUAACUGCCUUAUCCUGAAAUAGAAACUUGAAGCCACCUAUGUAUAUACUCUGUUCUUUAAUGUAUUAAAAAAAAUCUGAAGCUGUGAAGUCUAGCUGACAGGCUGUCUUGAGAAAGGAGUAGAAGGAGCAUCUCCUGUCCUUCGGACUCCUUGGCCGGGUGGCAGCUGUGACAUGAGAUGAGGCAUGGAUACGUGGCACUUGUAUCAAGUGACUGAAAGAAGCAGCUCAAUUUUACUGUUUUUUUUUUAUUUACAGAGAAUAAAUGUUUGAUGGGGAGCGACCCAGUUAUUUAAAAAGAACAGUCAAAUAGCUAUGAGUUACAGCAGUAACAAUGAUUUUUUUUUUUCCUACCAACGUAAUGAAAUUGUGGUAACUGUAAUAGAGCAGCAUGCUCCACUGUGGACAUCUUCAGGCCUGUCAAAGUAUGAGGGCUAUAUCUGGAUGUUCUUAUGUUGUGCUGCUGGUGUGGUGAUGAGAUGCCAGUAUCUGACUGCAGCUGUACACAGAAUUACUGAUGCCUAUGAAAUUCUAUAAGCAUGUUGAUAUUGUUGGUAGGGCCCCUUCAGCUUGUUUCUAAUUGAAUAGAUAUUUUUGUUAAAUAAAUUUUUCAAGAUAUGA